GGCUAGCUCCCCAUAUUUAAGUUCAGAAUUUUUAUUGAAAUAUGUCCUCUUUGAUAACAAUGAUCGGAAGAUUUAAUGUUUGCUAAUUGAGCUUCAUACUUCAAAUCUUUUAUGUAGUUUCAGGAAAAUUUUGUGGUCUUGUGGGUUAAAAUUGAUGAUUUGUUGAACCCCACACAAAUUAAAAGGUGGACCUUUUAUUGUAAAAAAUUAUGCUCGUGGUUGAAACAAGAAGACAUGAGACAAUUAUUAUUUAUUCUAUUUUAUAAAUAUUUUGUUUUUAAUAUUAUUUUUUAUAUUUUCAAAUGUAUAAUUAAUAGAUAAUCCAAAACAAUAUCAGGGGACAAACCUCGCUUAGUUUUCUCGCCAUGACAUAAAAAAUUCUUUGUUCGCCCUGUGACCCCCUCAUAUUUUGUCCUGACUCCGUUCCAGGGGAUCGAGUUCCAAAAGCACUGUAGCAGCAGCCAGCUUAUGUGCAUAAGCAAUCUAAACUGUUCAAAAGUUAAAUAAUUGCUUUUAAAGUUAUUUUUAAUUAAAAUAUCAUUUAAUUUAAACCCAUUAUUUCCCUCUAAUAGAAUGAUUGUGGGUUGUGUUGGUACGUAGUCUAAAAGAUAUUAGCUUUAAUUUGUUGGGGUGGUUGCAUGCCUCGAAUGUAUACGCUAAUUAGGUGUGUUCUGUUCAUAUGAAACAAAAGGACCCCACCAUAGUAGUUCGCAAAAACCAACUCAAAUGGUGUGAAGUCUCCCAAAAAGGAAGUGGUGUGUAUAUAUAGAAUUUCCAUGCACAUGUUUUGGAACUCUGCAUUUAGUGCUUUGUGUAUGCCCUCUCUUCCUCACUUUCCAAGUAAAACUCCUCCUUACUCCUUAGUCGAUAUAUAUACAUAUAUACACCCAACACACUCUCUACAGAAAAGUCUCUCAAGUCUUAUGCACAAUAAUGGAGUUCAUCCUAACAACUACUCUGUCUAUAGUUAGCCUUCUUUUAUCACUACACACCUCUGCUGCUCUGCAAAAUGUGGAGCCAUUGUCUCUUGAUGAACAAGCGUAUAAUCAACUCCAGGUUCUUCUCCCAAAACUGCCAAGGAAGCUCCUCCAUGAAGAAGUACUCACUGAUCCAAAGUAUGGAUUUCAGGACACCAUUUUGUACAAGCAGCAGAAGAAAGACAUUUCAGGAAAGCAUAAACCAGGAGAGCAGAAAGCGAUGAUGCAUGGAAGCAAAGGGACAUGGAAAGAAUGGAUGGAGGGGUCGACGGACGCGUCCCACUUCUUCACGAUGGACUACACCCACGUUAAACGACGACGUCCCAUACACAACAAAUCCUUGCCGGUUUCUCCAUGACACCCCCCGAUUUUCAGCGAUGGCAAAAUUUUUGUUGUGUUGUAAUUAAAUUAAGGAAACUAAUUUAUUAUUAUUAUUAUGUUUGUUUUUUUUUGUGGCCGACACGUUGGAGCGAUACCCUAAGAUUUGUCCUAACCAUAUGUAAUAUUAUGUGAGAGUUAAUUAUGUAUCUUUUUAUUCGUAGUCUAAUUGUGUGGAACCCAACAUUUCGUCGUGGUUUGUUUAUUGUUAAACAAUUUUUGUUUGUGUGAUUAAGUACAAGACCAUAUGGUCCAUCGUCCUCG